AGUUAAAUCUCAGAUCCUCAUAGAAAACUCUGAGAUAAACUAUUUCAGCUGGCAAAAGCAUUAAAAGACAAACAACUGACUUGUGUCCGUAAUGUUAGAGUGACCUUUAGCAGAAAGCCUGGUGGAUCUCUAGCACUGGUAAAAGUACUUUUGGCUAUAGGGCAUUAUUAAUAUUAUUAAUGCACUAAUAGUACAUAAUAUUAUUAAUGCCCUACAGCCAAAGACCAAUGGAAACACACCUAUAAUUAAACAAGUUGAAUCUGUUCAUUGCAGCUAGGGAAAAUGCACACCAUAGAGAACUGUGGGUAUAUCAGUAAAAAGGUGUCAGAAAGAACCUAUUAUAGGCUGUGGGCUUUGGUUGGAUAAUUUUGGGAAGUGUCUGAAGAAGGGAGACUUUGUUUUGGAUGACAUACUGUCAAGAACCAGAAACAAUUCAACAACUAAGAUCUCAAUACAUAUACAAGGAGAGCUGACUAAAAUAAGCAUAAAGGCUGGGCGCGGUGGCUCACGCCUGUAAUGCCAGCGCUUUGGGAGGCCAAGGUGGGCAGAUCACCUGAGGUCAGGAGUUUGAGACCAGCCUGACCAACAUGGAGAAACCCCGUCUCUACUAAAAAUACAAAAUUAGCCGGGCAUGGUGGCGCAUGCCUGUAGUCCCAGCUACUCAGGAGGCUGAGGCAGGAGAAUCGCUUGAACCCAGGAGGCUGAGGUUGUGGUGAGCUGAGAUUGCACCAUUGCACUCCAGCCUGGGCAACAAGAGUGAAACUCUGUCUCAAAAAAAACAUAAAUAAAUAAAUAAAAUGAGAAUAAAGCUGCGAUUGGUUUCUAAAAAGUGCAAUUACUCAUUUUAGAUAAGAGAAGGAUGAUCAGUAUUUUGUGGGUUGCAUGGUGAUCAUGUAUGUGCCUUACUUUAUGAUGGUCUCAGAGUGACCUUAUCUGAUGUUGAUGUUUUCUGAAAUUGUUUUAGUACAAUGGGAGAACAAUAUGGCCUCGUUAGUGCCAGACAAGUUUCUGGAUGGCAGGGGCAGCUGCUUUUUUUUUUUUUUCUCAGUUCAAAGGUUUAAAAAGGGAGAACCUUUGCUCUUCUUAUAGAGAUUCAAGUCUGCAUUUUUCUUGAUUGACCACAAGGGACAGACUGAAAAAAAAAUUAAUAGCAGAAAGUAUGCAUGAUGUACCUUGGGAAAGGAUAGUUCCGUACAGAUCCCCUAGACUUGGCGGAAGUCUUGAGUCAAACCAAAAUGACAAUAUAUAAUGAAAAGCCUUGAGAAGGAAUGAUCUUGAUGUCACAGGAACUUUGUAAUUAGUCCACUGGGAAAUAAUUGUUUACAUUUUCAAAUAAGUAAAUAAAUAGACAAUAAUAGUCACUGGUCCCAUAGGAGUAGGGAUUUUGACUCACUCUCUGUUGGAAUUUUCUUAUAUAGUAUUGACCUACUAUGACCCUCAAUUCCCAUACACUAUCCCCCAGCAUAUUGAUAUCUACAACCCUUGUGGGAUUGUGAAUGAAGACAUUUAUAUUACACUGAUGUAGGUGCAAUUAAAGAAAAUUGGAUCUACUGAGCACCUGUCCAAUGAACCUGAUAUUUCAAAGGCAGAAAGAGAAAAAGGACAUCCACUCUCAUUCUUGGGCUAACUCAGUUCCACUGGCUCCAAGACAACUGAAAUCUUCAGGACAAAAUCAAACUUUAUGUCUGGUGUGGUCUGGUCAUGGGAGAAACAGUUUAUAAAUGUAAGAAUAUCUCUUCUCACCCUCACCCCAGCCAUGUUCCUUACUAGAGGAAGAAAGUUUCAGUACCUCUGGAGUGGCAGUGAUGUGUUCCAAGACAUCCUCUGUGAUUGGAAUAUAACUGGCUCAUACCAUGUAUAUUUCACACACUUAUGAUCCAAACAGAAAAAAAAAUGUAUGCCCAAGUAUAUUUUACAGAUAUGCCAAAAGCAGAAUAUGAAAACUUUUAUAACUCUGAAUUAGGGCUGGCCGCUUGUCAAGAGAAGCAACAAACUCCCCCAUUGCUUCAAAGUUCCACUGUUUUCAAUGAAGACGCAGGCAGGAACUUGCCCUUGGAGAUAGACCAUGCUACAAUUGGAAUAAAAGUUAUUAUAAAUGUACUAAAGAAUGAAACUUAAUGGGUGAGUGUUUCAUAGAUACUCUCAAGUUAGUAACCUUGCUUUUUACUUCCACUACAACACAAUUUUAGUAAUUACACUUGAGAGAUUUAAACUGAGGAGAUAUAAUUAUGACAGUACUUGUGUUAUUCUGGGUCCUCCAAGAAGCAAAAGCCAAGACAGGAUCAGAUAUGCAAGAGAUUUAUUAAAGGAAAUGCCUGUGAGAGAAAAUGUCGAGGGAGCCAGAGAAGGCCGGGAGAGCCACCAUUAGACUGCAAUGUAGGUUUAACCCUUGGGAAGGAGACAGCAAAGGAAAGAAAGGCUUCUACUGAAGUACAGGUCUCAGAGAGUUUCCUUCAGGACCAUGAGGAGUCCUUAAGCCAAACUCACCCAUCGGGAGAGUCCCAUGUCUUCCAGGAAUGGGCCUGCCUUAGGAUCCUCACUACAUUUGAUCACCAGCCUGGAGAAGCCCUUGGCAGCAUGGCCUUGGUGCCAAGGAUUCCAGAGCACACCAGCUGGGGCCAUCUGGCAAUUUCAUACCCACCCCCUGCAGUUGGACAUCUGAGAGGAACAUUUUCAUCACCACCACAGUACUCAUUCUUAAGGCAGCUGUAGACACCUGUUCUGGAUCAUCUUAAAUAGUGACUUAGUAAACUUCCCCAGUGACUCAUACCAGUAAAUGUCCAUAGGUGGAUUCAUCCAUCUCUGUUCCUAAAUUAGAGUGUGGCUAAUUCUUCCCAGAUUCUUAAGGUCCUUAAAAGAAAGAAUAUAUGGUACCACAUUAAGUUAAGCUCAUGACUGAAAAUAAUUUAAGAAGGAGGCCAAUGACUAUUAAUAGUAGCCCACAAUUAGAAGGCAUAUGUAUGAGUAACCCCUGCAUCUGGCUUAGUGAUAAACUGCAAUUACUGCAGCAAUUGCUCUCUAUUUGACAAAAAAUGGACUCAUGUACCACUGGUAAAAAUAAUAUUUCUGAUUUGUGUUUGCCUCUUGUAUAUGCUGGACAAUGAAGUAUAAUAUUGUUUAUGUAUAUUUAUUAUGUAUAACCCAGAAAGAGUCUGUCAUGGAAGCACAAGAAGUAUGAGUUAGCCUGCCUGAUUUAAGCUAAUAUAGAUCUAUCCUUGGAACUGGAGAUGAAUUCAUUGUCCCCUGAAUCUCAUAAAGGAGAGGUGGAUUAUCUGAUUUAAAAAAAAAAUGGAUUUGGUUAGAAAGGACAAUAGGGGUAGUGUAGGGAAUAGAUGUUGAGGAGGCAACCACAGUGUUUACUAAAUGGUGCUUUUAAAAAAUCUUCCUCCACACUGUAGAAUGGAAUCCAAACUCCCUAGUAUGGCAGCCAAAGUCCCUCUAAACCGAGCCCAAACUUCUCUUUAGAGCUAGCACUAUGCAAGUUCUGCUAACAAGUUUCAGUCACUAUGAAUAUUUUGUCUUUCUCAAAUUAAGCCUUUCACAUUCAUAUCUCUGUGCUUUGGAAUCUUAUACAGCCUCACAUUGUAAUACCUUCCCCUUUAUCUCCCCGCAAAUAUACAUUUUUCUAAGCUGAGUUUCUGUGUCACCUUCUGUGCACAUUCUUCUCUAAUCCUUUGAUCAGAAAUAAUUGCUGCUUCUUCUAUGUGCCCUUGCACCUGAUUUGUAGCCUUGGUAUAGUUGUUUUCUUGUCUUUUUUCCUCUCUAGAUUUACUGACCAUAAUAGCAUUUCUAUCUCCCAGAGUGCCUCACAGAAUAAGUGUCCAGUAAGGAUAUGUUGACUUUCACUGAAUGGCUUCUGUUUUCUCCCAAGUAAAAGGAAAGAUCUGGGGCCUGCACCUUUGCAUAAGCAGUAACCAUUUCGAAGCUUAUCCAACCCACCUUAUUUUUGCUGUUGUUGUUGUUGUUCUGUUUUCUUUUAUUUUAGGUUUCUAGCUGCCUGAACUCAUGGUUUUUAGUUUCUGUCUCUAGUGAAAGGGGAAAAGAGGAUGAGGAAGGGGUUUUACUCGCCUAACCAAAAACAGAAACUAAGAACCCAUGACUGUAUUCUCUCUCGGACACUCUUUAGCCAGAACGUAAAUGCUGGUUACCAUCUUUAAUCUUUUUUUUCUUCCUUUUUUUUUUUUAGGAACCAUUAUGCCGUUCCUAUGUUGUUAGGUUCCAUUCCUCAGGCAGCUCCUGCUCCCAAAUGGCAAGUACUUUCUGCUCUCUGACCCUGGAAAAAUCACCUUUGUUUAAAGCCCCUUUCUUCUAUUAGAGCAACACCAAAAUACUCUCAGGAGUUAAUUUAGAACAAUAGUAGUACUUUACCAUGAGGAGUGAGGUUGAUGUAGGUGGAGACUGGUUAAAACCUAAGAGUACAAACACAUAAAAGAUACCGAGCCAGCUUUUUUUGUUGUUGUUGAGACGGAGUCUCGCUCUGUCGCCCAGGCUGGAGGGCAGUGGCAUGAUCUCUGCUCACUGCAACAUCCACCUCCCGGGUUCAAGCAAUUCUCCUGCCUCAGCCUCCCGAGUAGCUGGGAUUACAGGCCUGUGCCACCACACCCGGCUACUUUUUGUAUUUUUAGUAGAGACGGGGUUUCUCCAUGUUGGCCAGGCUGGUCUUGAACUCCUGACCUCAGGUGAUCCACCCGCCUCGGCCUCCCAAAGUGCUGGGAUUACAGGAGUGAGCCCCCGCACCCGGCCCUGAGUCACCUUUUAACGUGGAACUUUACUGACCCACUUUCUUUGAUGUCCAUCUCCCACUUCAGCUCCCAAAGGUCAGUUGUUCCCUGAUAUGAAGCCUAAGAACUCAAUGUACUUCACUGCACGUUGGAUUUCUAGCCGGAAUUAUUCCAAAUUCUGGCAAGUCUUAUCCACAAUUUCUUUUCUGUGUAAGUUUCUCCUUGCUCUUUAUUUCUGAAACCUGAAUGUAUUUGGUCCUCUGCCAAUCAGAUUUCCACUAGUCCUCCGAAGUCAGUUAUUAACUCACUAAUUCGACAGAUAUUUUUGGACGUUCACUGUAUCCUUAUUUAUUUAGCAUAUAUUUAGUUAUUUAUUAAGAAACUAAAGCCUAUUCUAUGUCAGAAAUGAAAAUAGGCAAUGAGGACUCAAUGGUGGGCAAGAUGCAGACAGACUACUUUUUUUCCCUCAUUCUAGCACACUCAUCACUUUCCUAGGUAAGACGUUCCUAAACUCCAGACUACACCAAAUCCUCCUCCUGACCACACCCUUCCACCUUGAUUUUCACCUUCUGACUUCUCUUGCGUAGAAAUUCGAGCACCAGCCACUCUAUAGCUUUAGCUUAAUUUCUCCAGCCAUGCACGGACGAAUCUGUGUUAGUGAUGCCACAAGUACGUUUCCUUCCCAGCAAGAAUAUAACUUACUGGGCAGCAUUUCUGUGGAUACUUAGAGAAAAAUGCCCUAAUUGAGCACCCGCCCCAUGGCCAUAAGCAUCCACCGGGCUCGAAGUGCAUGGCCCGCCGCUGACCACUAGGGGGCAGCCCUCCACGCAGAGGCUCCAGCGACGGAGGCGACGCGACGGCUACCGGCUCUGCUGAGCCCACCCCAGGAUCGGAGGGAAGGGAGCCUGAUUCCACGCGGGGCCUCCCCCGUGGCAUACGUUGUUGUUAGGGAACUAUUCGCCCCAAAUAUGGUUUAUUGGAGACUUAGGGUUUGCUUUUCUUAUCAAGUGCGACAGCAAACUGGAUGGGUCCCCUCUCGCAUCCAAGAACCCGCAGAGACCCUGAGGGAGCCGGUUUGGGGCCCCAUGCAGGCCAAAGCAUCCCUCCGGGAAGGCGGGGUCGCUCACCUGGUAGGCGCCCCGAGAGCCCGCAGCACGGCCCAAGGUGGGGUCCACCGAUGGAACGGGAGACCACGGGCGUGGCUCAGGGAGCGGUAGCCGCGCCCCGGGCCCGCCUCAGGGUCGGCUCCGCCUCACCCCAGCCUGUGCCCCGCCUCCGGGACAGCCCCGUUUCCGAGACCUCCUUGCCUCCAAGACAGCCCCGCCGCCAGAACAGCCUCUCCCCCAGGACCGGCCAGCCUACGAGAGAGCCCCGCCUACGGUACAACCCGCCUCCGGGACCGCAGGGCUCCACCUCCGAGACAGCUCAGUCCCCAGGACAGUCCCGCCUCCGAGACGGCCCCGCCUCCAGGACGGCCCCCACCUCCGAGACCGCCCCGCCUCCGGGACCGCCCCGCCCCGCCUCCGACACGUCCCCCGCGCGCCACUGCAGAGCCUGUCCGUCAGUCCCUAGGGAUCCGCACUGCUCAGGGCAGCUGAUAGAACCAUGGCGACCACUGCUGCUGCUGCGUUUGAGGCCCUCAUGGAUGGAGUGACAUGCUGGGAUGUCCCCAGAGGCCCCGUCCCCAGUGAACUCCUUCUUAUUGGAGAGGCUGCCUUCCCCGUGAUGGUGAAUGACAAGGGCCAGGUGCUCAUUGCUGCCUCCUCCUACGGCCGAGGCCGCCUCGUGGUUGUGUCCCAUGAGGGCUACCUGUCGCAUGCUGGCUUGGCUCCAUUUCUCCUCAAUGCAGUGAGCUGGCUCUGUCCCUGUCCUGGGGCUCCCGUGGGAGUGCAUCCAUCCCUGGCACCUCUAGUAAACAUCCUGCAGGAUGCUGGGCUUGAGGCACAGGUCAAGCCAGAACCAGGAGAGCCUCUAGGGGUUUACUCUAUCAAUGCCUACAAUGACACCAUGACUGCAACGCUGAUCCAGUUUGUGAAACACGGAGGGGGCUUGUUAAUCGGGGGCCAGGCCUGGUACUGGGCCAGCCGGCACGGCCCUGACAAGGUGCUCUCCAGGUUCCCUGGGAACAAGGUGACAAGUGUAGCCGGAGUGUACUUCACCGACACCUAUGGGGACAGAGACCGGUUCAAGGUCUCUAAGAAGGUGCCCAAGAUCCCACUCCAUGUCAGGUGUGGGGAGGAUGUCAGGCAGGACCAGCAGCAGCUCCUGGAGGGGAUCUCAGAGCUGGACAUCAGGACAGGGGGAGUCCCCUCACAGCUGCUGGUGCAUGGAGCCCUGGCCUUCCCUCUGGGGCUGGAUGCCUCACUCAACUGCUUCCUGGCGGCUGCUCACUAUGGCCGGGGCCGGGUGGUCCUGGCUGCCCACGAGUGCCUGCUCUGUGCUCCCAAGAUGGGGCCCUUCUUGCUCAAUGCAGUGCACUGGCUGGCCAGAGGCCAGACAGGCAAAGUUGGGGUGAACACAAAUCUAAAAGAUCUGUGUCCUCUCCUAUCGGAGCAUGGCCUGCAAUGCAGCCUGGAGCCCCAUCUGAACAGCGACUUGUGUGUCUACUGCUGCAAGGCGUACAGUGACAAGGAGGCUAAGCAGCUGCAGGAGUUUGUGGCUGAGGGUGGGGGCCUGCUGAUUGGGGGCCAGGCCUGGUGGUGGGCCUCCCAGAACCCUGGCCACUGCCCCUUGGCUCGCUUCCCUGGUAACAUCAUCCUCAACUGCUUUGGCCUCAGCAUCCUGCCUCAGACCCUCAAAGCAGGCUGCUUCCCCGUUCCCACCCCUGAGAUGAGAAGCUACCACUUCCGCAAGGCGCUCUCUGAAUUCCAGGCUAUACUGAACCACGAGAAUGGGAACUUGGAAAAGAGCUGUCUGGCAAAGUUGAGAGUUGAUGGUGCAGCCUUCCUACAGAUUCCUGCGGAGGGGGUCCCUGCUUACAUAUCCCUGCACAGGCUCCUGAGGAAGAUGCUACGAGGGUCUGGCCUCCCAGCUGUGAGCCGGGAAAAUCCAGUUGCCAGUGACUCCUAUGAGGCUGCCGUGCUCUCCCUGGCCACUGGGCUGGCUCACUCUGGAACUGACUGCUCCCAGCUGGCCCAGGGGCUUGGCACCUGGACCUGCUCCUCCAGUUUGUACCCCUCAAAACACCCCAUCACUGUGGAGAUCAACGGAAUCAACCCAGGCAACAAUGAUUGCUGGGUGAGUACCGGGCUCUACCUCCUGGAAGGACAAAAUGCAGAAGUCUCACUGUCUGAAGCUGCUGCCUCUGCUGGCCUGAGGGUACAGAUUGGCUGCCACACCGAUGACCUAACCAAGGCCAGGAAGCUAUCUCGAGCCCCUGUGGUGACUCACCAAUGCUGUAUGGACAGGACUGAACAGUCAGUCUCCUGCCUCUGGGGCGGCCUCCUCUACGUCAUCGUGCCCAAGGGCAGCCAGCUAGGGCCUGUGUCUGUCACUAUCAGGGGAGCUGUGCCUGCACCAUACUACAAGCUGGGUAAGACAUCGCUGGAGGAGUGGAAGAGGCAGAUGCAGGAGAACCUGGCUCCCUGGGGAGAGCUGGCCACGGACAACAUCAUCCUGACAGUGCCAACCACAAACCUCCAGGCCCUGAAGGACCCCGAGCCUGUGCUCCGCCUCUGGGAUGAGAUGAUGCAGGCUGUGGCCAGGCUGGCGGCUGAGCCCUUCCCUUUCUGCCGUCCCGAGAGGAUUGUGGCUGAUGUGCAGAUCUCAGCUGGCUGGAUGCAUUCAGGAUACCCCAUCAUGUGCCACCUGGAGUCUGUGAAGGAGAUCAUCAAUGAGACGGACAUGAGGAGCAGGGGUGUGUGGGGCCCCAUCCAUGAGCUGGGCCACAACCAACAGCGGCAUGGAUGGGAGUUCCCCCCACACACUACUGAGGCCACCUGCAACCUUUGGUCAGUCUACGUGCAUGAAACAGUCCUGGGGAUCCCCAGGGCUCAGGCCCACGAGGCUCUGAGCCCUCCAGAGCGAGAGAGGAGAAUCAAGGCCCACCUGGGAAAGGGAGCCCCCCUGUGUGACUGGAAUGUGUGGACAGCCCUGGAAACAUAUCUACAGCUCCAAGAGGCCUUCGGGUGGGAGCCAUUCACCCAGCUCUUUGCUGAGUACCAGACCCUCUCUCACUUCCCCAAAGACAACACUGGCAGGAUGAAUCUAUGGGUGAAGAAGUUCUCUGAAAAAGUGAAGAAGAAUCUGGUUCCCUUCUUUGAGGCCUGGGGCUGGCCUAUCCAGAAGGAGGUGGCUGACAGCCUGGCCUCCCUACCAGAGUGGCAGGAAAACCCCAUGCAAGUGUACCUCCGUGCCAGGGAGUAAAGGAUGCCCCACAAGGCGGGAGAGAAAAGGCAGGGUCACACCGUCAACUCCACCAUGGGGCUUUGGCCAUGUGUGCUCAGUAUCUGGAGCCUGAAUCCCGCUUCCAAGCCUGACCACUAGAUGGUGGCCAAGGUCAUAAGAAAAAAUGGAACCCCUUUCUGUAAAAGGUGCCUUGUGCUUCUUUUUAUUGUUUUUCUGCUUACACUAUUGCUUUCCCCAAGAGACUCACUUCACCUCUUAGUCUUCCAGAGAGGAUCUUUCAUCCUGCCAUCCUGAGGCUUCUAUGUUUGACCAAUAGCUCUGAAGACCACGGGUUCCCAUAACAACCUGAUAUCCCUUUCUCAUCCCUGCCAUCCCUGAACAAGGCUUCUAAUUUAUUAUGCUUUAAGAAGUUUUCAAAUAGCAAGCAAGACACGCUGGAAUAGUGGAGAGAGCCCCAAACCAGCUUUGGUUCUAUGGAAAAUCACUCCACCUCUCUGUGUUUCUGUCUUCACAUCCAUGACAUGAGGAUACAGAUCUUUUCCUCGCAAAGCUGUUGUUUGAUUUCUCCUGGUCCCAUAGUGGACUGUUACGGUGUCCAGUCUAGCGUGCACAUCCUGGGUGCUGAAUCUCUCUUCAGUGUUGACCCCCUUGGGGUUAGCAUUCAGUCCUUGUAUAUUUAGAGAAUGUCAAUGUUUUCCCAGACAUGGUAUCAAUAAUGGUAGUUGUCAGCAGCAUCCUAGCCCUUUCUACAUUUUUUCUCCCACUUCUGGAAGGAUUCUCGGGUAUAACCUAACCCAAAGAAAAAUGGCAUGUGCUCAAACUGAGUGUCACAGAGCUGUGGGGUUGGGUCUUUGGGAUUAGCUCCAUCUUCCAGGGUUUGCCCUUUGCCCUUCAACCAAAGGACAAAGUGAUGUUAACAGCUGCUACUAAGUCUAUAUGCCCAUUCGUUCAUACCACAAAACAGGCAUCUGACUCCUCUGGUCACACCAUGGAAUCAAGGCACUGUCCAGUGGUGGGGGGUCCACAGGCACAGUGGGCUUCACUCUGGAACAGGAUUACUGGGUGCAGCAGAUGUAAUCCUCACUUAAUCAACCCACACCCCAGCAUCCCCUGAGCUUUCUCUUAAUCUCAUUCUAGCCCAUCUUGACUCUUCGGUUAGAGGGAGUUCUCAUUGGAGAUUUGUCUCUGGGAUUAAUGAGUGUAUGCCUAGCUACUUUCUCCAGUUUACUUUUAGACCAUAUUGUUGUUUGUUUUGAAUAUCAUUCCUUAGGCUUUGUUGAGAGUAGAGUGGCUUCCCGUUAGGAGAACUAAUUUAGGGCAUGUCUUUUGCUGAAUCCCGUCAGCAUAUUUAACAAAUUCCCAAUUCUAGAUAAUUUCCUUUUAUUUCUCUAGUACCCUUUGCCAGGGGCUCUACACAUCAAAGGUGUUCAUGAAAUAUUUGUCAAAGGAAAGAACAGUAAUGACACCUAACACAUAAUGAGUGAUUAGUAUGUUCCAGGCAUUGCGUGAGCUAUUUACUGUGAGGGAUUUAAUGUUAUCUUCCCAGCAGACCUCUGAGGUAGGUACUAGUAUGAUCCCCAUUUCGUACAUGAGGAAACUGACACUAAGGAACAUAAAAUAAGUUUUUUGAAGUCACAAAGUGAAUAAGAGGAAGAACCAGGGUUUAAUUGAAGCCCAUAGCAAUGAAAACAUUGUGGAACUCAUUCUUCAUGAAUGGUUUACAAUUUAAACAAAAUGUCACCUAGAAAAUGGAUGAAAAUAUGUUCAACCAGGUCUGGAUUUUUCCAAUGUUUACUACUGAAUUUUCAUUCAAUAACAAGUUUAACUUCCAAAAAGGUGUUGGUAUCUGAUUUUCUGCCUGCCUCAGAAUGUGAUUUGUCUGCCUUUGGGUAAUCCAGCCUUGGGUAGAGAAGGAAUUUGAACUCAGGAAAUUCAACUCCAGAACUGAUGUUCUUUUUUUUUUUUUCCUUUAAGUUCUGGGAUACAUGUGCAGAACGUGCAGGUUUGUUACAUAGGUAUACAUGUGCCAUGGUGGUUUGCUGCACCUAUCAAUCCAUCAUCUAGAUUUUAAGCUCUGCAUGCAUUAGAUAUUUGUCCUAAUGCUCUCCCUCCCAUUGCCCGCAACCUCCCGACAGGCCCCAGUGUGAUGUUUCCCUCCCUGUGUCCAUUUGUUCUCAUUUUUCAUCUCCCACUUAUGAGUGAGAACAUGUGUUGUUUGGUUUUCUGUUCCUGUGUUAGUUUGCUGAGAAUUAUGGCUUCCAGCUUCAUCCAUGUCCCUGCAAAGGACAUGAACUCAUUCUUUUUCAUGGCUGCAUAGUAUUCAAUGGUAUAUAUGCCAUAUUUUCUUUAUCCAGUCUAUCAUUGGUGGGCAUUUGGGUUGGUUCCAAGUCUUUGCUAUUGUAAAUGAUGCUGCAAUAAAAGUAUGUGUGCAUGUGUCUUUAUAGUAGAAUGGUUUAUAGUCCUUUGGGUAUAUACCCAGUAAUGGGAUUGCUGGGUCAAAUGGUAUUUCUGGUUCUAGAUAGUUGAGGAAUCAUCACAUUGUCUUCCACAAUGGUUGAACUAAUUUACACUCCCAACAACAGUGUAAAAGCAUUCCUGUUUCUCCACAGCCUCACCAACAUCUGUUGUUUCCUGACUUUUUAAUGAUCGCCGUUCUAACUGGCAUGAGAUGGUACCCCAUUGUGGUUUUGAUUUACAUUUCCCUAAUGACCAGUAAUGAUGAGCUUUUUUUCAUGUUUAUUGGCCACAUAAAUGUCUUCUUUUGAGAAGUGUCUGUUCAUAUCCUUUGCCCACUUUUUGAUGUUUUUUUGUUGUUGUUGUAAAUUUGUUUAAGUCCCUUGCAGAUUCUGGAUAUAAGAACUUGUCAGAUGGGUAGCUUGCAAAAAUUUUCUCCCAUUCUGUAGGUUGCAGAACUGGUGUUCUUAACAGUGAUGUUAGGGUAAAAUGAUGGAUAUUGCUGGGUUUAAUAGAUUGCCCUAGAGACAGAGACAGUGUCUGGCUUCUUACACACACACACACACUUCCUGGUGGAAGUUGGAGCCUGUAGCUCCUUGUCUCUCAUACAGAGAGACUGUGACUUUGCCUCUUGUUUUUAAUUUUGUAGUUAAUUGUAACUGCAGUAUUCUCAGAUUAUUUUGUCUAUUCACAGAAACUAAUUUGCUGCCAGUGAUAGGGAUAAUCCAUGAUUUCUGAGACAUUUACUUCCAUAAUUUCACAGUUCUAAGUCUAGAAAAAUUAUUAGAAGAAAAUUAUUGGAUGGUCUUGGAACCAACCCAAAGAAAAAAACAUGUCCUGUGAACAGUAGGAUAGAUACUGAAUCUAGCUUGUCUCACUUUGGAACUAGUGCUUAUAAUUUCCCUUGGACUGUAUAUUUUUGUCCAAUCACUACUGUACAGGACAUGGGUUUGGUUUGCUUUUCCCUCCCAUGAGCCACUCAAUUGCUUUGCUAAAAGCCCCAUCAGUUUUCCUUUGGUUUCCUUUGGUACACCAACCUCAACACAGAGUCCACUUGGUUUGGAAGGGGUUGGCCCACACUGUUGGCAGGAGUGGGCACAGAAUCGAUGCCUGGCUCAUCUAAUUGUCCAUACCUUCCAACAAGGAUUGGUUCAAGUGAUGGGAAGGUGGCCCUUGCCAGGGUGAUGAAGUGCAUACCACAGACUUUUACUGGCUGUACUGGGAAGCAUACAUUUUCUUUGUUACUGGAGAAUUGGUAAUGACAGUGCCAAAUGUUGUUUGUUAUUGAAGCUAAGUGAAGGGGCUCUUGAAGGAUCCUUAUUCAACUUUUGCAUAUGUUUAGAAAUUUUGUAGUAAAAUUUUAAUGGUGUAAGUCUACUAUUUAUACCUAUAGAAGUAAAAGACUUUUGCCAGGUGCAGUGGUUCAUGCCUGUAAUCCCAACACUUUGGCAGGCCGAGGCGGGCAGAUCACGAGGUCAGGAGUUCGAGACCAGCCUGGCCAAUAUGGUGAAACCACAUCUCUACUAAAAAAAUGCAAAAUUAGCUGGGUGCAGUGGCUCGUGCCUGUAGUCCAGCUACUCGGGAGGCUGAGGCAGGAGAAUUGCUGGAGGUUGCAGUGAGCUGAGAUCGCGCCACUGCACUGUAGCCUGGGCAAUAGAGUGAGACUCCGUCCAAAAAAAAGAAAAAAGAAAAGAAAAAAAAGAGAAGUAAAAGACUUGUAUUUUUUAAGUUUUGAAAUAAUUUCUUAGGGAGAGUAGGAUUGAAAGAGUAGAGAAACAGGGGAGAUAAAGACGGAGUAGGGUUUGGGCAGAUUCCUGUUGUUUUUCUUAUAAGCUCUUUGUUAGUAAUUUAGUAUUGUAUUUCUACCACAUAUGUUUUCUACCCUAUGCAAGCAUGACAUCUUUUAAACAAGAUAGAUAUAAACUGUAUUAAAAUUUACAACACAGCUUGCAUGCCAACAUAGUCUUCCAUGAUUUGGUCUCUGCGAGUGUUUGCAGAUUUGCCUCCCACCUCUAUCCCUUGCUUUCUUUAUUCCAGCUGUGAUGCACACAUUUCAGUGCGAAUGCGGCCCUCCUUCUCAUUUCUACAGAUUGUUCUGUGCUCCUAGGUCAUUCCUUUCUUCCACCUGUCCUUCCCUCCACUUCAAAUAGAAUAGAGAAGUUUCUGAUGUUUGGGCUUCCUUUUGGGUAGAACAACAACAAAAGUCAACUAGAAAAAUGUCCUUUUUAGAGUUAUAUUUUCAGAGUGAGGACUCAUUUAUCAUUUAUAUUUAUCAUAAGAAAUUAAAACAUUUUCACUUUUUGUUUUUUCCUGUUAAAUCUUUAAGUAUCUUUAACCAGGACUUAAUUAAACUUGAAUGGUCUGCAA